AUGUCUCAGGAGACCCGUGAGUGCAGAGCCCUGCAGUUUGAGCUUCCUGGCCCUGACAUGGAGCUACCACGAAACGUUCUGAGCAAAUACCGGACGCAGUCACCAACUGCCGGCUCUACCUGCCCUCUAUUUAAAUCCCGAGCGUGGAAUUAUCCGCACACAGCAGGACUGAAUGGUGACGCCUGUACGGCUGGCCUGAUGUCACACCGGGAUCCAGGCUUCCAAGGAACCAAGAUGAAGGCCCGCUUGCCACAAGAGGGGAAAUACCCCCUUGCUACCCUCAUGUACCUGCCCUUGACCGUCCACUCCCUCUCUUUGAAGGUCUCCAGCGACUGUGGCACCUCUACCGUCGCAGCACUGCCCUCUGGGGCCAUGGAGGGAGGAAGAGAAAAGCUCAAGACGGUGCCCCUCUACCUGGAAGAGGACAUCCGUCCUGAAAUGAAAGAUGACAUACACGACCCCAGCUACCAGGAUGAGGAGGGGCCCCCACCCAAGCUGGAGUACGUCUGGAGAAACAUCAUCCUUAUGGCCGUGCUGCACGUAGGAGCCCUGUACGGGGUCACCUUGCUUCCCUCCUGCAAGCUCUACACCUGGCUCUUUGGAUUGUUCUAUAAUAUAGUUGCUGGUUUGGGCAUCACAGCCGGGGCUCAUCGCCUGUGGAGCCACCGAAGUUAUAAAGCGCGGCUGCCGCUGCGGCUCUUCCUCAUCAUCGCCAACACCAUGGCUUUCCAGAAUGAUGUGUAUGAAUGGGCCCGAGACCACCGCGCCCACCACAAGUUCACAGAGACGCACGCCGACCCCCAUGAUUCCCGGCGGGGCUUUUUCUUCUCUCACGUGGGUUGGCUGCUGGUGCGCAAACACCCGGCUGUCAAAGAGAAGGGUGGGAAACUGGACAUGUCUGACCUAAAAGCCGAGAAGCUGGUGAUGUUCCAGAGGAGGUACUACAAGGUCGCCGUCAUGCUCAUCGGCCUCAUCCUGCCCACACUGAUACCCUGGUACCUCUGGGCCGAAACUUUGCAGCACAGCUUGUGUGUCAGCACGCUCCUGCGCUACGCCCUGCUUCUCAACUUCACCUGGCUGGUGAACAGCGCCGCCCACCUCUACGGCUAUCGGCCCUAUGACAGGACCAUUGCUGCCCGGGAGAACCCCCUGGUUUCGAUGGCAGCUUUUGGCGAGGGCUUCCACAACUACCAUCACACCUUCCCCUAUGACUACUCCGUCAGUGAGUACCACUGGCACGUCAACUUCAGCACGUUCUUCAUCGACUGCAUGGCUGCCCUCGGCCUGGCUUACGACCGGAAGAAAGUAUCUAAGGCCGCGGUCCUAGCCAGGAUUAAAAGGACUGGAGACGGGAGCCACAAGAGUAGCUGAGUUUGGGGUCAGCUGGGUCUCUGUUCCAUAAACGAACUGGGCCAACUUUCAAUGGUCUGUUAACCACUAACUAACGCUACCAAAGCCCACUCUUGAACAUUUUUUUUUGGUAUAGGGUCUCUCUGUGUAGUCUGUUGAGCUCUAUAGACCAGGCUGGCCUCGAACUCCCAGAGAUCCUUCUGCCUCUGCCUCCUAAUUUCUGGGAUUAAAAGUAUGUGUCACCGUGCCCAGCUCUACAAAGUAUUCUUGUCAAAUGUUCAAGGCAACUCUUCCUUUCUGACUCCUCUCUCUUCUAGUCCCCAUCUCUCUGGGCUUUGCUCCUUUUAUGCUGGUCUUUCUUUUCUCUUUCAUUGCCUCUCUGAGAAGCAGCCAGUGAGUACCAGGCCACCUCCCAGAGGCUUCCCAACCUUUCUGACAUCUCAGGCAAGAACCUUUAUCACAGACAGCUCCCUAGGUAUUUGCCCAACGCUAUCGAUACAACAAAACCUUUUAGGAAGUGUCUUGUUAAUUGUCUUCAGUUCAUACUUUGCUAAAGGAAAGGGAAGAAAUAACAUUUGUCAUAGAAUUUCUAAAGCUGGUAAGUCAUCGGGUGGGGAAGAAUUUGGGGUGUGACUCGGAAGCAGAGAUGGGGUUAAGGUACAGUAGGGAGCAUUCACCAAAAUAUGAGCUAGCUCCCUCCCUCCAACAGAUGCCUGGCUCCAACACUGAGCAAAUAAUGGCCACUGAACGUGACCUUGCUAGAACACAAUGGAAUGUCUCUGUAACUCAGUAUGCUUCAAGCUGAGAAGUGAAGGAAAGGUCAUUCAAUCAGUAGGAAAAGAGAUCUUUGUUGAGAUAAUUUUUUUAUCUUUAGUGACAAGGAGCUUUGCUAUGUCAUAGAACAAGAGGACUCUGGGAUUAGAUGUCUGUCUUGGUAAAACAGCGACUCAGAGCGGUGCUGAGCUGGAUUCCUCUUCCUUAAGCUGCGCAUCCUACUUGUAUGUGUCUGUUCUGCUGUCCUUGGGUUAUUAUUAUUAUUAUUAUUUAUUUUCGGCUCUCGCAACAAUCAGAUAACUAUUGCAAUCCCAAACAUCCAAACUGGAAGGAUUGUAGGCAAAGUUGGGUCACACAUAAACACACAGGAAGGUGUUUCACUGAGCGUCUCCCUCUGAGAACGUUCCAGAGACUUGUAGAACAGAGGAGUGCUUGGGUCUCCUGUUACUCCCGUCACUGAUGAGACAUGAUGGGCAGCGUCAGUAGACAUUUUACCAGAAACAAAACUAGUUUAACAAUAGUGGGUCUAUUCAUUAGUCUAAAUUUCUCCCUGGAUACAGUAGUAAUUAGGCUUUUCUCCAUUUUGUGUCCCUCACACAUUCUUGCUCUACUGUUGUGGAAACAUUAAUAUUUAAUAUUGAUUCAUACAGUUAAUAAGGAAUAUGUACGAUGAAUUAAUUAUUCUGUUAAUUUUAAUUAGCGCCGGUCAUUAAUACAGCAGCAGUUAUUCCUUAACGUGCUAUUUUACAAUAGAAGACAUAGAUGCCUGUUAGACUUAUUAUAAGCCUUAAAUCUCUGGAACUGGGCAGACAUUAACCUUCUAAGCUAUCUUGCCUUCUCCCAUUCAAUAUCCCCAUAAAUACUUGCACAUGAUCCAUAUGGGCUGCUUCUGCUCCAUCAGGCCAGUCCUCAGUGCUGCUCUAGGCCAUGUCCCCUGGUUAUGCCAACCCAUAAUAGGCUGCUCCCUUCUUCCUUCUUCCUCUCUCCUCCUCGUGGCCCCUCCUUGAUCCCACAAGCCCAAGAACCUUCACUCCAUCUCCGUCUCUUCCAUCCAGCCCAGGCUGUAGGCAAUUUUGUUAGUCAAGCAGGGAUAAUUCGGGGGCCAAGGUUCACACAAUGUCAUUUUGGAUCUCUGUGAGUUCGAGGCCAGCCUGGUCUACAAGCAAGUCCAGGACAGCCAAGGCUACACAGAGAAACCCUGUUUUGAAAAACAAAACACAAACAAACAGAAAGAGGUGGUUCUGCUCGCCCUUGGCCCACCUUAUCAGGGCUUCUGUGGCAUGCUGUAAGGAGGUCUGGCCUGUUGUCUCACCUGGGUGAAGACGUGUCUUGCCAGGAGACAAGUCCCCGCCCAGCUGGUGCCUUCCCUUCUCCCAGCAUCAGAUUCUUGGGGAAGGUCUCAUUUCUAAGGUCCCUUGUCUAACUAGUCUAGCAGUUGGACCGAUGUCUGUCCACGCUAUCUUGGUUCCUGCGCAGCCAGUCACAUCAUAAAGUGCUGGGAAAUUUCAAAGCCAGAGUGGUGGUUGUGCAGCCCUGUCAGCAUGGGAAAUGCCGCAGAAGCGGCUUCAAGACAGUUGCUUUUUAAGCUGUAUGGAUUCACUUCAGAUAAAAAUGUCAUUCUCUAAAAUAUACAGCCUGAAAAGGGAGGCCUUUUGCAGGCGGAAUUCUGUAAGAAGUAAACAAAAAUAUAACCGCAAA